AUGGGUUCAUUUGCUACGCUUAAGAAAGAACAGUUGGAUGAUCAAGUGGUGGCUGUCAAAACAUAUACUCGAUACCAUGGCCAUCUUGUCCGGCGACAUUGUGAGCGUGAACUACGAGCAGUCGAACAUCUCGGUCUUAGAUCUCCAGAGAGUUUGAAGAUGAAGAAUAGAGGAUUGAGGAUAGUAGAUAAUGAUGAUAAUGAUGAUAAUGAGAAUGAAAAGACAAGAAAAAUAAAAAAUAAAAGAGGAUUCGAUUACCAAAUGAAAUUAUUAUUGAUGCAUGUGAUUGAUGUGGUGACGACAGACCAGAUCAUCAGUUUGACAAUGCCGUUUUAUGAACAUACGCUUGCAAGUGUGUCCUUGAGUUUGACAGAGGCUAGACGAGCUGUUUAUCAGAUGGCAAAAGCACUGUCUUAUAUCCAUGCUCAAGGAAUGGUUCAUUGUGACGUGAGUCCUAGUAAUGUGUUAGUGAAUAGUGCAGGACAGUGUGCGUUGAGUGAUUUUGGGUGUGCCCAUUUGCAAAAAUUUAUGCCAGAUCCAAGGGAAGUAGAUGAAAUCGGCACAAGAUAUUACAAGGCUCCAGAACACUUGUUUGGUUACCGUGUCUAUCGCCCUUCAACUGACAUAUGGUCUCUUGGCACAUUGUUCUGUCAAUUGUUGUUGGGUUUUCCAUUGUUUGCAGGUGAAAAUGACCUGGAACAGAUUGGCAGCAUUGUUAGACGGCUUGGUUCACCGAAUGAAUCAGAACGUGAGGAGAUGAAUUGUUGCCCCGAUGCAACCAAACUGUUCUUUUUUAUGCCGCCUUCCGAGUGCGACUCUGAGGAUGAUUCUGAAACCGAAUUGUCUGAAGACCAAGAAGAAGAAGAAGAAGAAGAAGAAGAAGAAGACGCCUUGUCCGAAUGUUCAGAUAUAAUAACUCUGGAUGCGGCUAUGGAGAACUAUUCUAUUGAAGAAAGAGACAGAGUUAUCCUACGGAAAAUGCUGACCUGGUCAAUGAAGACGCGUGGUUCAGUAGAAGAGAUACUUGACAUUAACGUGUCGGAGAACGAUUGGGUAGCUUAA